AUGGAGGCGUUGAAGCUGAAUGGGAAAGAAGAGCAGAUGCAGAGAGCGUUCGGUUAUGCAGCGAGGGACUCUUCAGGAGUCCUUUCUCCUUUCUCUUUCACCAGAAGGGCCAAUCGAGAUCAUGACAUUACGAUGAAGAUCCUGUACUGCGGAAUUUGCCAUUCCGACCUUCACAUCAUUAAGAAUGAACACGGGAUUUCGAGCUACCCUAUCGUACCCGGCCAUGAAAUUGUAGGAGUGGUGACUCAAGCUGGGGGCAAAGUGAAUAAAUUCAAAGUUGGAGACAAAGUAGGCGUUGGUUGCCUAAUUGGUUCAUGUGGAGAAUGUGACAACUGCCAUGGAGGGUUGGAGAACUACUGCCCCAAGCCGGUCUACACGUACACGAUCUUCGAAUCCGAGGGCGACACCAAACGCUACGGCGGGUACUCCGACAUCCUCGUCGUCGACGAGCAUUUUGCGGUCCGGAUCCCCGAUGCCAUUUCGCUCGCCGGCUGCGCUCCCCUACUCUGCGCCGGGAUCACGGUUUACAGCCCAAUCAGGCAUUUCGGUUUGGACCGGCCUGGGAAGCGUAUUGGCGUCGUCGGCCUGGGAGGGCUGGGGCACCUGGCGGUGAAGUUCGGCAAGGCGUUCGGCGCCAAGGUCACCGUCAUAAGUACUUCGGAAAGCAAGAGGCAGGAAGCAAUUGAGGAAUUGAAGACUGACUCGUUCAUACUAAGCCAUGAUAUGAAGCAAAUGCAGGCUGCGAUCGGCACAAUGGAUGGGAUCAUCGACACGGUCUCGGUGACGCAUCCAUUGAAGCCGUUGUUGGAUCUACUGAGAACGGAUGGAAAGCUCAUCAUGUUGAGCGCACCUUCUGAGACGCCCGCUCAAGUGCCGCUCUUUCCAUUAUUUGGGCGGAAAUCUUUGGUGGGAAGUAUGUGCGGUGGAAUCAAGGAGACGCAGGAGAUGAUGGAUUUCGCAGCAGAGCACGGCAUAACGUCGAAUGUGGAGGUUAUCGCGAUGGAUUACGUGAACGAAGCCAUGGACCGACUCGCCAGAGGAGAUGUCCGAUAUCGAUUUGUCAUCGACAUAGCCAAUACACUCACCAAUCUCUGAUUCCAUGUCUGCGUUGCCUCUAUGUUAUUACUUGGUAUGUUUUAGUAGA